CAAAUAUGGCGACUUACUUUGUUGACAUCAAUUGUAUCUAAGACCUAAGUUCAUCUAGGUUGCACAUUUAUAAUUUAAUUUAAAAAAAAAAAAAGUAAACAUCAAAACAUAAAGUGAACAAAAUGUGCUUAGAUUUUUUAUUUUGCUAACUCAUGCGGCUCUUCCAAAAAUUAUGGCCGAAAGUAAGCGUACACCAUCAUCUUCUUCUAAGGAGCCGCUGAAAAUCAGGGAGACAAGCCCACUUUCACCAAGAAAUGCACCUCACUCAUCAGACGGUGAUGGUGUGCGACGAAAUUCUCGGAGCCCUAUAUCUCUUGAAAACGUUUCAGUUCCCGAUAUAGGAGAUGAAUCUUUCACUAGAAGUUUACUGCAAGAUGUAUUUGAAGAAACAAGGGCUCCAUCUCCAGUGGAAGGUGCUGCCAGCCUUAUACUGUUACGAAAAUCCUUGAGUUUGCAGAAUUUGCACAACCACAUAGCUGCAAAUUUAAAGGAAGUCUCAGACAAAGAGACCAAGUCCAGUAAAGAUGGUCCAGACUUUACCGUUGGGAGAAUGGGCCCCACGGACUGCACGUUUGAUAUAUCAACAAGUGUUGGGACGCUUAUUGUUGAUCCUGACAAAUUAGGGAUUGCUAGUCAUUCUAACUUCAGCAGCAUCAAAGCCAGUUGUUGUGUAUUUCAAGGUAAAUGGGUGUAUGAAUUGAUGCUUGCAUCUAAAGGUGUGAUGCAGCUAGGAUGGUGCACAGCAAACUGUAGGUUCUCACAAGAGGAAGGAGUUGGAGAUACUAGAGAUUCUUAUGCCUAUGAUGGUAACCGUCUUAGGAAGUGGAACAUAACCACCAAAAGAUAUGGCCAGCCUUGGAUGUCUGGGGAUGUUAUAUCAUGUGCAAUAGACUGUGAUGAAGGCAUUAUCACAUUUUACAGAAAUGGGGUAUCGCUUGGCGAGGCUUUCAACAAUGUGCGUGUCGGUCCUGGAUAUGCCUACUUCCCUGCAGUCAGUCUUUCAUUCACAGAGAGUGUUCAGGCUAACUUUGGCUCCCUGCCACUCAGAUACCCAGUGGAAGGCUACAAGCCCCUACAGAGCCCUCGCUGUGAACCAGUUGCUCAAGCCGAUCUCUUGCUGACAUAUCUUCAACGACUUUUGCCUAAGAUGGUGGAGGACGACCAGUGCAAUAGACAACAUGGAAUAUCUAGCAAGAGUCAAUAUUCAACAACAGUUUUAUCAGACAGGAGGUCACAUCAAGCAACAUUGACUCUUGUUGCCUCACAUAUAUUUCAUAAAUUAGCUCCAUUAUUGAGAAUACCCUAUGUUGUAGAUAAAUGUUUGAUAAAGUUACUACUGGAUCUAUGUGACUAUCAGCACUGGCAAGAUGAACAAGCUUUAAUCCACAAACUGUUAGAUCUUAUCUGGAUGUUAUUGCAGGAACCAGAGUUGAGGGACUGCCUGGAACACCUGGCAAUAUCACUGCUCAAUGGCUAUAGGUACCACCCCUUUCAUCCCGAGUUUAUUUAUCCUAAAAAAUUCUUGGCCUUGACCUUGUCGGUACUAAAACAUCAGAGAACCUGCAGACAUCUCUUGACAGCUGUUUUCUUUGAACGAGUCAAGUUCCCUGUGUUCAUGCACAUAAAGGCACCAGAUGACCCUAACCUUGCCAGAUUGCUGCCUUCAGUCUGGUGGGACAAACAUAUGAAGAAAGAUGAAGAUGACAGUGAUGACAGUAGUGAAGAGGAAGAUGUUGAUGCAGCGCAGGCUGAUGAGGAUAAAAAAAGUUUUAUGGAGUGUUGUGAGAGACUGGGGGAGAAAGUUGAAGAACUGGAGUCUAUGCAAGUUGAGCUACUGAAGUGUCUCCUGAUGAACACAGACAGAGUGGAUAAUAAAACAUCAAGAGAUAUUUUCCUGGACAAGUUGAAAAUAUUCUUGAAAGAAAACAGUGGCUUCACCAGGCUGCAGAUUGCCCAAUGUGCUCUGCCGGUCAGCCUGUGUUUCUUUCAUCGACUUGUGCAAGCCCUUAGGUUCUAUUGGGAUCAUUUUUCUGCCGAGGAUCCAAACUUCCUACCUAGCUCAGAAGCAUUUAUGCCAAUUCAGUGCUUCUGGAAUGAUACAAGAGAUUACUAUGAGCUUCAACGAUGUGGGGGCCUUAUGAGUCACUUAAAUCGACAACUUGGCACUGAGGUAAACAGAGCCCAAGGGAUUGAAGUACAGGAAGAUGGAAGAGUUGUCAAAAAAUCAUCCAAAGAUGCUGGCAAACCCAGUGAAGAUUUUUAUCCAAAGCUGGAGAUGCCUAGUGGGAAUUCUCUUCUGGAUCUCUUAGACUGUGUUGUACUACUGUAUCAUGUAGCUGCCCACAAACAACUAGGGAAGAUGUGUGCCUUAAGGGACAGCAUGCAGGACUACAUCCAGAAUAUGAGGGACACAGAAAGAAAGUUAAAGAGGUGUCCUGAUGGUCUGGAAGAGGUCAAAGUGCAUCUGUCUAAUGCAAAGAAAGUGUUUGAGGAUAAAAUUGUUGAACAAGCUCGACAGAUGGUGUGGGUGGCCAAAGUCAUUUACUCUAAGUCAAAGCAGAGAGAUCUAGCCUGGCUGCUCAAAGUUGUUCUAAAGACUGUAGAGAAAGCGUCGGCCUAUCACAAGCUGUUCCAGUAUGUUCCAGAGUUUUACAUACAGACAGCAGUCAACACUUUCAACGCACUAAAGAAUUUCUUACACCCUACCACAAGCUUUCAUAUUAUUCCAGAUCUUCACAACCUUCUUACCCGCUACGCCACAUUCCUGGUUAACCACUUCUUUGAUCCAAGGCUGGUUAGCAAUGACCUAAAGGAUACAUUAGUCCAAGCUCUAGCCUGCCUCACCUGCUACCCUGAUACACUCAAAGUGCUGGAGGAGCUGCCAAUGGAGAGACGUAUAUCAAUGCUUCAGUCAUUGAUAGCCCCUUAUGAGAACAGAUCCUGGGCCCACACAAACUGGAUUCUUGUGAGAAUUUGGAAGGGAUGUGGUUUUGGCUAUCGCUAUCGCUACUUGCCAAAUUUGAUCCCCCACAAGGCCCAGCCUACAGAGUUCAGCUAUGUUAGUCUACAAAAACCAUGUCCGUCUAGAGAGUUCCAAAGUUUACUCGCAAAAAUCUUGCUGGAUGAUGAAGCAAGAUCUACAAAAUUUUUAGAUUCUCUAAUGAACCAGUUGAACUGGUCAUUCUCUGAAUUUGUGGGCAUUAUACAAGAGAUACAGUCUCUGGCCACCAGAACAGAGCCGUUGCUGUUAGAGUCUAGGCAAAUUAAAAUCUGCGCUGCCUGCUUUGAGAUCUCCGUCUGCCUGUUGAGAGUUUUGGAGAUGGUCGCCACUGUUGCCCCACAGGUCUUUACUGAUUGGUCAAGACCAUCUGCUGAACUUUUCCUCAAGAGGUUAAUGCAGCUUUUAAGCCAGAUCAUGACCAGGGUCACUAUGAAGGAUGGAGCAUUUGAAAACACAGUUGCUUUACCAAUACAAGGUUUAGACAGUGUAACCUUCUACCCAAUACUUACAGUUACUGUUGGGGUCAUGGCCCAACUCAUUGUUAGAUGCGGGGGUAGCAGCCAGGAGAAAGCCACCAGGUCCCUGCUUGUAGACUCCAGCUUCUCACUAGAGUCCCUCAAGUUUGUCCUGGCCAACAAUGUUGGCAGCAAGCAGGACAAGAUCUUCUCCUUUAGGAAGUAUGAUGAAAUAAGUCAAGAGGAGAUUGAGGAUGUGGAGAAACUUUUGGCCUACCUCACCCAUCAACAGGUGGCUCUGUCUGCUACUCAAGAGGAUGUGAAAGAUGAAGACCUGUGUACCAUAUGCUAUGCAAAUCCACAGCAAGCCAUAUUUGUUCCUUGCGGUCACACUUCUUGCAGGACCUGCAUCACACAACAGCUGUUGAACAAAAAGGAAUGCUUCUUCUGUAUAGCCACCAUCACUAAAGUCACUGAUACCAAAGGUCGCCAUAUUUUAAGAGAGCAUUUCCAGACUGCAAAAAAACCUUAACGAUAACCAUCAUUACUGGGAUGUUUUUUUUAAUAGUUGUUUUAAAUAUUUAAGAAGAUAUUGGCUGUGUGUUAUUAUGUAUAAAAAAAGGAAAAUUUUUUAUGUGAAAGUAACAAUUUCUUACAGUGUACAACUUAGUUCAUAUAUAGCCAUUACACUUUGUUUUUACUGUAAUACAAACUUGGCUGUGCAUAUUUAGAAUAUACAGCACUAAAUUGAUUUUGAGAGUGACCUUAUUACAAUUUUUUGGAAGAUAGGCCAGUAGAAUUUUGAAUUUUAUUAUUAACUGAACUUACUUUAUAAUGAUCCCUGUAUAUUGUAUACUAAAACAGAAAUUUGAAAAAAAAACGUUUUUAAAGCUAUUUUGGAAAUAGAUAUUUACCAUAAUGAAAUAUCAGUCAAACAGUGUACUAAUUUUAAGUUACAAAGAAUAUAUUGCCUUUGUAUUGUUGUAAUUAAAGUAAAACAUUGUUUUAACUCAGAAUAUGUUUAUGCCACUGUGUUAUAUAUUCAUUGAUUCUAACUUUACUGUGUGAUAUGAUGUUAAAGAUUAUAUAGCGUUGAAGCAUCUUAGGGUAAAUGGCUUGUGGUGAUAGCAGUUGUUAGGCUAACAAAAAAUUUGACAUGAAGUCUUUCAAUGAAAUGUGGUUUAGUUUUGUACCUGCUAUUGGAUGUAUGCUUACAAAAGAGUGAAAUUUGUGUAGCUUGAAUAUAAAAUGGGUUUUCGAAAACGUGUUUAAGAUUUUUUAUUAAAAUAGAUUAAUCACAACCCCCAAAGGUAAAGUUUUAAGUGAUAACAUUUAACCUACACUACAUGUACAAAUGUUUCUACAUGUCAUUGUUAACUAUAAAUCUUUUCUGAGAACCUAUAACUGUGUCGAUAUUUUACUAAGUCCAUGUCACCAAGUGCAACUGAAUAUUGUUUAUUAUAUUUUAUAUAUGUGUGGCUUUUUGUGGGAAAAGAGAAAGCUCAUUAUUUGUCACUUUACACGUUUUGGAAACAGGUUUUUGGAUUAUGUACUUGGAUCAUGUAACACAAAAACUACAAAUCUUUAAAAUAUUUAAAAAUAUAACUGUUAUGUACAUACAUGUUUUCUUGAAGUAGUUUUUUUAGUUUUAUAUACACAUUUGGUAUUGUGCUAAUGAACUAAAUUAGUAAAAUAUUAAUACUUGGUUUCACAAAUUAAUAACAAAAUUUUCUGACUGAGAAAAAAAAAUAGUGCUCAGCACAUCAUUAUGGUCACACAUCAAUCAGUUUAAAAUUUCUUUUGUGUUUUUAUCUUAAGUGGCUAAAAAUGCAAUUGCACAUGAAUAUAAUUAUUCUGCUUUUGUUCUGAUUUUGUAUUAUAAAAAUCAACUAUAGUUUAUAUUAAAAAUCAGGAUAGCAAAGGUAAGCCACAGAGAUUUUGGUAUUGGUCGUAUCAAAUCUAACCACACACACACAUACAGGCAACUGUCCACUGAUAAAAAAUUUUCGAACAUUGUUUGCAGAUUAUCAACAUUUAAUAGGUAAACACCUCUCAUAAUGUGCAGGAGAUUGUAGGGCAGCCAAUAUGCAUUGGUGAUUAUACAUAACAUUCUGAGACAUAAUUUAUUGCUAUCAGAACUGGUGGGGAAAUGUCUAGUUUUUUAAAAAUUAUUUAUCUGAAUUGUUUGAAUUUAGUCUGUUGUGUAAAUAUAUUUUUUUUACAAAGUAGUCCUACAUUUUAAAAUCAAGAUAUAUUUGUAAGUGCUAAUGCAUGCCCUAUAAAUUAUCUUGUCUCCAACCAGUUUCCUGACUUCGGUCAGAAACUUUUUAUAAAAAGUUAUUUUUUAAUAACUGAUAGAAAUAAUUUGGGUUUAUUUUUUUUUUUAAAAUCAAAAUGUGCUCAAGAAAAAGAAGACAGUCUGCUUAUAAUACUCUACUUCAACAUGUAUAAAUAAUCUGAUUUGUAGAACUAAAAAAUGCAUCAUUGUGAAGUAGUGCUGAAUUGAUAAGUUUUAAAAAAAAAAAGCCAUAUCUGUUUAUUGAAAUAUCUUGUUUUUGUAUUUUGAUAUCUUUUUCUAAUUGGUUAAAUGUAUGUUGAGUGUUUUUUUUCUUCUAUGUAAUCUCUCAUCUGAAAGAAAAUAUUCCAAAAAAAAAUGAACAACAAUAAGGAAGUAAAGAAGUGACAAACAUUUUUUUGGUCUUUUUUUUUUCCAGUUA